CAAUUCUGCCAAAAUUAACAUGUUUGUUGCCUUGAGGUCUCUGGAUGAUGGGCGGCUUCCAGCCAGUAUGUGGACAAUCCAAACCUGCAAUAUUUGCGAAAUCUCCUUUAACUAUGCAGAUAAUUGCUUGCUAUAUUUGAAUGAUCUGGAUCGCUGCGUCUCUUCUUUAGAUUCCCCAAAAGUUACCAAUGAGUACUGCAUCACAACUUUUGAAGUUCGCCAAGCAGACUUUCAAGGAUCACUUUGUGACUUGCCAGAACUUACAAGGAAAACAUGGUUUCAAGGGACACAGUGGGCUCUCGCGAAGCCAGAGCACACGAGAGCACUGUAGAAGGCUGAAACCGAUGCAACGACCGGGAUGUAGAUGGGAUUUUCAUUCUUCUGCAGGCGAGGAUCUGGCAGGCCAAGACCUGGGUUGCCGUUCAAGCUUCAAAAAAAAAAAAAAAAAAAAAGAGAAAAGGAAGUGGGUCCCGCGCUACAAUGAUGUAGGCCCGCCGGAGUUGAAUCUUAUUUUUUACAAUAUUUUUCUGGUUUUAGUAUAACACCAAAACUUAGAAAAAUUAAGUUGAACGGAAGUUGUUUUUCUUUGUUUGGUUGGUGGCAUG